UUCAAAAGGCUUGCGAAAUACGGGCAGGGAUAAAAGGAGACGGCCCAGGCCAUUUCCUGGUGUUUAACUUUCGUACAUUUUUACAAAAUCACACUUGAGAGACUGCUAUUCCCUCUAAGCUGACACGAAGGAGACAGAAGGAUUUGAGCUGCACACAUCAAGAAACAAAAUAAACGCUUCAUCUCAGAGACGCAGUCUGAAAAAGACUCCAGGACGAAGGAAUUAAAAGGGUGCUAUUUUCUUUGAGGCAGAACACAUAAUAUUCAUACCCUCAGCCUGAAGGAGCACCAUGGCAAACCACAAGGACAACAGCAAUGCCCAACAAGAAGAUCAGCAGGCUUUCCUUAGGUAUCCACUGGUGCCAGUCCAGGGAAUUCCGCUCAUGGAACCCAUGGUGCGACUGUGGUCUUCUAUAGCCAAUUUUGAAGCCCGGCCGGAUGACUUAGUCAUCGCCACCUACCCCAAAGCAGGUACCACUUGGACACAGGAAAUUGUGGAUUUGACUCUUGCCCGUGGUAAUAUGGAAAAAGCUUCCCAUAUCCCAGUACACCUCCGCAUCCCGUUUCUAGAAAUUUGUUCCGUACCCCCCUUUCCUUCAGGGCUCGAUCUACUAGUGGAUGCCCCAUCUCCUCGUGUGAUAAAAACCCACUUACCAUUCCAGCUUCUCCCGAAAAGCUUUUUAGAAAAGAAUUGCAAGAUUAUCUAUGUUGCUCGCAAUGCCAAGGACAACUUGGUCUCCUAUUACUUCUUUGACCUGAUGAAUUUGGUGCAGCCAGACCCAGGGCCCUGGGAUGGUUAUGUUAAGAAAUUCAUGGAGGGCACAGUUGCAUGGGGCUCUUGGUAUGACCACGUCCGGCGUUACUGGGAUGAGAGACAAAACCACCGUAUCCUGUAUCUCUUCUAUGAGGACAUGAAAGAGGACCUGGCUCGCGAGAUCCGGCGAGUGAAGGAUUUCUUGGAGGUUGACCUGUCUGAGGACAUUGUUCAGAAGAUUGCCCAUCACACCACCUUCCAAGCCAUGAAGGCCAACCCAAUGACCAACUGUGAAAAUGUCCCCAGCACAAUUUUUGACAAGACAAAAAGCUCCUUUAUGAGGAAAGGUGAAGUUGGCGACUGGAAGAAUUAUUUUACGGUGGCGCAAAGGGAGGCGUUUGAUGCUGACUACCAGAGAAAGAUGGAAGGAACAACCCUGAGCUUCCGAGAUAUAUUGUAAACUCAGAAAUAUACCUCAUCGAGGACUUCUCCUGCCAAGCAGCAUUCCCCUUUCUCACUUUCCUCUUUUGUUUCAAUAAACAUGAACUUUCAA